GGGGGCCGGGGCCGGGGCCGGGGCCGCGGCCGCCGCCGCCGCCGCCGGUAGAGCUGGGGUGGGUUCCGCCGCCAACCAGCGAUUCAGCGUGCCCACAACAGCUUCGGGUGCCGCUCGCUGCUCCUCAUCGCCCGGGCGGCGCGGCGGGGCCGCGGGGGAGGAGCAGGUCCCGGGAAGCGCGGCUGAAUGGCCUGGCGGCGGUAGGACGCGCCGGCCGAGGAAGAAGGCAGAGCCAUGGCCGUGGCCGUCGCCACUAAGACGGCGUGGAAGCUGCAAGAGAUCACGGCUCAUAGCAGCAAUGUAUCCUCACUAGUCCUGGGGAAAAGUUCAGGCCGGCUGCUAGCAACCGGAGGAGAUGACUGUCGGGUCAACAUAUGGUCGGUUAACAAGCCCAACUGCAUCAUGAGCUUGACAGGCCAUACAACGCCCAUUGAGAGCCUACAGAUCAAUACGAAUGAGGAGCUCAUUGUUGCAGGGUCUCAGUCAGGGUCCAUUCGAGUUUGGGACCUGGAAGCUGCCAAAAUUCUGCGUACCUUACUUGGUCACAAAGCGAAUAUCUGCAGCCUUGAUUUUCAUCCCUUUGGAAGCUUUGUGGCAUCUGGCUCUUUGGACACAAACAUUAAGCUCUGGGAUGUAAGAAGAAAAGGCUGUGUCUUCAGGUACAAGGGUCACACAGAAGCAGUUCGAUGUCUCCGCUUUAGUCCUGAUGGGAAAUGGUUAGCCUCUGCUGCUGAUGAUCACACUGUAAAGCUGUGGGAUCUGGCUGCUGGGAAGAUAAUGUUUGAGUUUACAGGACAUACUGGCCCAGUUAACAUUGUUGAAUUCCAUCCCAAUGAAUACCUUUUGGCUUCUGGCAGUUCUGACAGGACUGUUCGGUUCUGGGACUUGGAGAAGUUUCAAGUUGUGAGCUGUAUUGAAGAGGAGGCUACCCCUGUCAGGUGUGUGCUCUUCAACCCAGAUGGCUGCUGUUUGUAUAGUGGCUUCCAGGAUUCGCUGCGUGUGUAUGGCUGGGAGCCAGAGCGCUGUUUUGAUGUGGUCCUGGUGAACUGGGGAAAAGUAGCUGACUUGUCUAUCUGCAACAACCAGCUGAUAGGAGUUUCCUUUGUGCAAAGCACAGUUUCUUCCUUCGUUGUGGAUCUCAGCAGAGUCACAAAGUCGGGUUCCAUUCCUCAUGGGCUGCUCAGGGACGAUGAACCUCUUGUGCCACCUACCCCCGCAGGGUCCUCCCUUCGCCGCAUCUAUGACAGGCCCUCAACUAGCUGCAGCAAGCCACAAAGCAGAGUGAAGCACAACUCAGAGAGCGAGAGGCGCAGUCCCAGCAGUGAAGAUGACCGGGAUGAGAAGGAAUCAAAGGCUGAGAUCCAGAACGCAGAGGAUUACAAAGAGAUCUUCCAGCCCAAGAAUGCUAUCUGUCGAACUCCUCCUCGAAACGAGCCCUUUCCAGCCCCUCCUGAGGAUGAGCCUGUAACUGCAAAGGAAGCGGUGAAGUCCAACCAUGCUGCGGAUGUCCAGACCCCAUUGCCCAAGCAAGAACUUCCUGAUCCGGUUCAGAGGCCACCUAUUGCUUCCUCAACUCCUUUGACUAGAACAGAGCCGUCGGUGAUUCCUGCAGCCAGGAAUGAGCCCAUUGGCCUGAAGGCCUCUGACUUUCUACCGGCUGUGAAAAACCAAAGCCAGACUGAGCUCGUGGAUGAGGAAGCCAUGUCCCAGAUCAGGAAAGGCCAUGAGACCAUGUGUGUGGUCCUCACCAGCCGCCACAAGAAUCUGGACACCGUGCGGGCUGUAUGGAGCACUGGUGACAUCAAGAACUCUGUGGACUCUGCAGUGGCGAUCAACGAUCUGUCUGUUGUUGUGGACCUCUUGAAUAUUGUCAACCAAAAAGCGUCUCUCUGGAAGCUAGAUUUGUGUACUAUAGUGCUGCCGCAGAUAGAGAAACUACUCCAAAGUAAAUAUGAAAGUUACGUGCAGACUGGCUGCACCUCCCUGAAACUCAUUCUCCAGAGAUUCCUGCCACUGAUCACUGACAUUCUCGCUGCACCACCAUCUGUUGGCGUGGACAUCACCAGAGAGGAAAGGCUCCAUAAAUGCAAGCUGUGCUACAAGCAGCUGAAAAACAUCAGCAACAUUGUCAAGAACAAGUCUGGGCUCAGCGGCCGCCAUGGUAGUGCCUUUCGGGAACUGCAUCUCCUCAUGGCUGUCCUGGAGUGACAGCUGCUACCUCCUCACGUGAAAACAGGUGGCCAAGCUCCCCUCUGCUCUUCGUCUGGCUGGAUUUCACCUCUCUCCGUGGGUCCAUCUUCCCCCCACAGCAUGGUAGGGAAGUGGAAACUUGCCAGCUGGUCACCUGCCCAGCCCCAGUGCCUUACGGGCUGAAUGGAAGACCUGACUGGAGAGAUGCAUAUGCUGUGUGAGAGGAACUGGCUGGUGGGGGCCCCUGCAAAGCCCCUGGAGGGAAGCAGCUUCAUUUCAGCUCUUCACCUCAUCACAUGUGCUGUUGGUUCUUAUUGCUUGGCUCUGGGGGCUGGGCCUGGCUGGCCCUGCUCCCUGUGCAGGGCGCUGAGGACUGUGGCAUCUGGACCACAAAAGCCUGCUGCGGGGUGAGGUGCCCCCUUUCCCUGCAGAGGAGACUUCUUCAACUGCCAUGUGGGACCAACCCCUUUGGCUUGCUUCAUCAAACAGGAGCUGGGCCAUGGCCUGGUGGAGUCUCAAGGACCUGUAGCAGGAGACUGUCUCUUGGGUUCUCAAAAAUCCCUGCUGGCACCCUGGGCCACACAAAAUUAGUAUCUUCAGACCAUUGCUGGGAACUGAGGUCUACCUGGAUCUGCUAAAAUAUGUGACUUAAACAGGACUUGUCGUAUGUGUUUGCCUUUGGGGUUAAGGAUGUGGGAAGGUGGAGGCCCAGAGGGACAUGGACUAAUGUCUUUCUACAUCCACUGGACCAUGCUUAGAGGUUUUCUUUUUCCCCAAUAAAUGUCUGUCAGAACCUUUCUGUCCCUCUUUCUUCUUUCCUGUGGGGAAAGAGGUUUCUGUUAGUGCUUCCCCUGCUCCUCCCAGCCUGUCUCCCAUUUUUAUACACUGGAGCCUGUUCUCUGGGAAACUGUAACUUAAAAUGAAUUUUAUUAAAAGAUUUGUAACUUUUUAAAAAAA